AUGAUGAACACUACCUUGGGCCCAGACGACAAUGCCGUCUAUCCAGGUCUCAACUCCAAGACUCUUGGCAUCACAAGUUAUCUGAAUAAUACACUUUAUGGCUGUCAAAUGAGGGACCUAAUGGUAGUUUUCACAUCGCAGCAGCAAGCAAGCUCUGCCAAGCUACAGAUUCAGACUGGACCAAUUUACUGCCAAUUUGAGACCGAAAUUCCCGUCAAUAUCACCAUCGAACAGUCAUUUAGUGGGACCGAGUUUCUCUUCGAGCAACGGUCGAGUUUGAGUCAAUGGUCUGUGUACAACUUCAUGCGAUCUAGUUUUGAUGCGCUCAUGGACGAGAUUCAAGACCUGAACGACACCAUCGAGUAUACUGGAACCACUCUAAGCCUGAAGACAACAGGAUCUGGAGACAUCACCGCAGAUGACUUCUUUUCUGCAACAAUAUUGAGUCCCGGACAGAGCGCGAGUCUCGUCUCUCCAUCAAACAAUACGAAAGACGAGGAGUCAUUCCCAUUGGCUCAGGUCGAGCCCAGAAACCUAGGCAGGCUCCUAGAUGCAUUUGUGAAGUCUUAUUAUUCAGUGGUCAUGUGGGACCUGAACUUCGACCAAAGGCAAAAUGCGUUUGCCUCUGAAGUUUCAACGGAUUAUCUUGUGAACACUAUUAUGGAUGCGGCCGCGAAUACCUCGAUGGACCCAAGCCCGAUCCUCGGCUCAACUGACUUAGUUGGUAGCCACGCACGAUUUGAGAUGCAAUACAUCUGCUCAGUGCCACGGAAGAAGGACACAGGCUCCCUGAUCAUCUCAGUUGCUGUGUCCAACAUCGUCCUCCUCUGCGUCUUCUGGAACAUUUUCAACUGGUUGACACUCAGAUUUUUACGGAGCCGCGAUCCGAACUGGGAUAUCUGUCGUGGUUGCCUUCUCAAUAACGAAUCGUCUCGAAGCAAAGCUAGGGUCAAAGUGAUGGACCUGGAGAAGGAUCCGCUCUGCGAAAACGAGGACGCCGCGCAAGAGACCGCACUAUAUGGCAGGCAACGAAGUCAAGAGCCAGGUCGGAAACUCUGGAAAAUUUCUAUCGCGCGGACAGGUUCAAUCAGCGUCAGGAGCUCGCAAAGUACGUUGCGAACUCUUGCAUGCAGUGAAGGAAAAGUUGAUGGUGGGAGUGAUGAGAAUGUGGGGUCAGAAGGGAACACCAAAAAGUCCUAA